AGAAAUCGUUGAAGAAUGCAGGGCCGCGAGGCGAGGGGAGCCGGGGGACAGCUGGACAUGGAGGGAGCUCUGGUCGCCAGGGACAGGGUGGGCAUCCAGGACUUUGUCCUUCUGGACGAGACCAGCGAGACGGCGUUUAUGGACAACCUGAAGAAGCGCUUCACUGGUGACCUCAUCUACACCUACAUAGGCACUCUGCUGGUGUCCGUGAACCCCUACAAAGAUCUGGACAUCUACAACAGGAAGCAGAUGGAUAUCUACAUGGGCGUCAACUUCUUUGAGCUUCCACCGCACAUCUACGCACUGGCUGACAACGCCUACCAUACCAUGCUGACGGAGCUCAACAACCACUUCAUCCUCAUCUCCGGAGAGAGUGGUGCUGGGAAGACGGAGGCCUCCAAGAAGAUCCUGCAGUACUACGCUGUGAGCUGCCCCAGCACCACCCUGCUGGACAGGGUCAGAGACAGGAUGCUGGUGUCCAACCCUGUGCUGGAGGCUUUCGGCAACGCCAAAACACUGAAGAAUGAUAACUCCAGUCGCUUUGGAAAGUACAUGGACAUCCAGUUUAACAGCGAGGGGGAUGCGGUGGGGGGUCACAUCCUGAGCUACCUCCUAGAGAAGUCCAGGGUGGUGCACCAAAACCAUGGGGAAAGGAACUUCCACAUCUUCUACCAGCUGGUGGAGGGAGGAGAGGAGGAGUUGCUUCGCCGCCUUGGUCUGGAGAGAGACAGCCAGCGCUACAGCUACCUGGUCCAGGGGGAGUGUGCCAACGUGCCCUCGAUCAAUGACAGAAACGACUGGAAGACAGUAAAGAAUGCCCUGCAGAUCAUGGACUUUGACGAGAGUACCAUAGAGCAUCUGUUUGGGGUCAUCGCUAGCGUUCUCCACCUGGGAAACGUCCAGUUUGAGCCCGACAGUAAAAGCUACGCCAGCUUGGACACCGACGCAGAGCUCGGCUGGGUCUCCACGCUGUUGGGAAUCAGCGCUCAGGUGCUCCAGGAGGGACUCACCUACAGGAAGAUUGAAGCCAAAACCGAUGAGGUCCUGAGCCCCUUCACAGUGGACCAUGCCAUCUAUGCCAGAGAUGCCCUGGCUAAAGCUAUCUACGGUCGCACCUUCACCUGGCUGGUCGGUAAGAUUAACGAGGCUAUGGAGAACAAGGACCCAUCAAGAAAGACAGUGAUAGGGCUGCUGGACAUAUAUGGCUUUGAAGUUUUCUACGUGAACAGCUUCGAGCAGUUCUGUAUAAACUACUGCAACGAGAAGCUGCAGCAGCUGUUCAUCCAGCUGACGCUGAAGGCUGAGCAGGAGGAGUACGAGGCAGAGGGCAUCGAGUGGGAACCGGUCCAGUUUUUCAACAACAAGAUCAUCUGUGACCUGGUGGAGGAGAAGCACAGAGGCAUCAUCUCGGUUCUGGAUGAAGAGUGUCUAAGGCCGGGGGAAGCAACAGACCUCACCUUCCUGGAGAGACUGGAAGAGAAGAUGGGUUGUCACCCACAUUUUGUCACGCACAUGCUAGCGGACAAGAAGACGCGAAAGACCCUGGAGCGAGGGGACUUCCGUCUCCUGCACUAUGCAGGGGAGGUCACCUACUGCGUUGUAGGGUUUCUCGACAAAAACAACGACCUUCUGUACAGAAAUGUGAGAGAGGUGAUGCGGGAUUCUAAGAACGCCAUAGUGCGGGAGUGUUUCUCCGGCCUGGAGCCAGACAGCAGGAGGAGGCCUGAGACAGUGGCCACGCAGUUUAAGAGCAGUCUGCUGGGGCUGACAGAGAUCCUCCUGGCUAAGGAGGCCUGGUAUGUCCGCUGCCUCAAGUCCAACGAGUCCAAGCAGCCAGGACGGUUUGACGACGUGCUGGUCAGGCACCAGGUGAAGUACCUGGGCCUGAUGGAGCAUCUACGGGUCAGGAGAGCCGGCUUCGCGUACCGACGGCGAUACGAAGUCUUCUUAAAGAGGUACAAGCCCCUGUGCCCAGCCACCUGGCCCCAUUGGCAUGGAGUUCCGAGCGACGGCGUGGAGGUGCUGGUCCAACACCUGGGCUACAUGCCUCACGAGUACAGCAUGGGCCGAACGAAAAUCUUCAUCAGGCAUCCGAGGACGCUGUUUGCCACGGAGGACGCCUACGAGCGAUGCAAACAUGAUCUAGCAACACGGCUCCAAGCCAAGUACAAAGGCUACAGGGCGAAGGGAGAAUUCAGAAGACAGAAGGAAGCCGCCACUAAGAUUGAGACUUGCUGGAGAGGAGUCCAGGCCAGGAAGGAGAAGGACAGGAGAGCCUGGGCCGUAAAGGUCAUCAAGAAGUUUAUUAAAGGGUACAUGACCAGGAAGGAAGCCAAGACAACAGACAACUCCGAGUAUCUGGUGUUCGUCCGACAGAGCUACCUGAACCGACUGAAAGCCAGCCUGCCCCAGACUGUUCUGGAUAAGACUACCUGGCUCACCCCUCCUCCAGUCAUGCGGGAGACCUCCGAGAUCCUGCGCCAGCUCAACAUGCGCCUCAUGGUCAGGAAGUACGUCCGAGGCAUCACUCCGCAGCGGAAAGCACAGUUUCAGCUUAAGGUUAUCACCAGCGCCAUCUUCAAGGGGAAGAAGGACAGCUACCCAGCCAGUGUUGCUCAACCCUUUCUGGACACCAGGAUCAGUGAACAGGACAUUAACAUGAAAGUACUGCAAAUGAUUCGCAACGAACGAAUCAAGUACAGCGUCCCUGUGGUCAAGUAUGACAGGAAUGGGUUCAAGCCCAGAGAUCGACAGCUCAUCCUCACCACAACAGCGGCGUACAUCGUCGAGGAAGCCAGAGUCAAACAGCGGCUACUGUACACCACCCUCAGAGGUGUGUCGGUCAGUAACUUGACUGAUAACGUUGUCAUUUUCCAUGUUACAUGUGAGGAUGUCAAACAGAAGGGUGACCUGGUCAUGCAGUGUGACCACUUGUUUGAAAUGUUGACCAAACUCAGCGUAGUGGCUAACAAGCAGGGCGCCAUCAAAGUGGUUCAGGGAAGCAUCAAGUUUGAAUUCCAGGCAGGGAAAGAGAACACUGUGGACUUCAGCACUGGACAGGAGCCAAUGGCGUACAAGGCCAAGAACGGCCACCUCAUGGUGGUGUCCACUCGUACCAGAGCCCGAUGACCUUGAUGACACCGGGCACUGGACUACACAUCAAAACCUACUCACCUCC